AUGCCAGCCACAGUUGCUUAUCUUUGUUAUUUGGGUUAUGAAAUUGCUAGGGAUCCAACAACUGUCCCUAUCUUAUCAUUAACAUUACUUGCUGCUGUAUAUGGUUUACAAGCAGUUAUAUUUAUUCUUCGUAGAAAAUGGGAGCAUGUUGGUUGGAUGAUUGUUUAUAUCCUUGCUAUGCCUGUAUUUUCUUUCUACUUACCAGUUUAUGCAUUCUGGCAUUUUGAUGAUUUCUCUUGGGGUAAUACUCGUGUUGUUGUUGGUGAAAAAGGAAAAAAAUCAACUGUAGCUGAUGAAGGAAAAUUUGAUCCAAAAACUAUUCCUAGAAAAAAAUGGUCUGAUUAUGAACAAGAAUUAUGGGAAGUUAAUACACAAGGAUCUCAAGAUUCUGCUCAUACAAGAAUUUCGGAUCGUUCUUAUCAUUCUAAUCGAUCAAAUAAGAAAUUGGUAUCUGCUCCUGGAUCUCAAGCUGGUUCUGCUUAUGGAGAUUAUUAUGAAGAACGUGGUGGUAUGAAAAGUCGUUCUCGUUCACGUUCACCUGCACCUCCAUAUAUGGAUGAAAAUAUUAGAUCAAAUCAUAAUCUUAUUGGUGCCGAUAUGCGAUCAUCUCAAUCCCGUUCAACACGUCCUGGAGAUUCAGCAAGUCAUCGAGGAUCAACUCUCGUACGUGUUGACAAUGAACUUUCUGGAUCACGGCCGGCUAGUCUUAUAGAAGCAGGUUAUUAUGGUAGUUCAAUAAUAGAUAGUGGUUUCCCUUCUGAUGAUGAAAUACUGCAAGAGAUUCGAAAUAUUUUAUCUGCAGCUAAUUUGAUGACAAUAACAAAAAAACAAGUACGGGAUGACUUGUCUAAUUACUUUGGUAUGGAUAUAAGCUCAAAGAAAGA